UCGCCAGGUGGCAACGCCAGUCACGUCACGAGGACACGAAGGAUAAACGUGCGAUAAGAGAAUAGCCGAUAAGAGCUCCACCCAGUCGCAAAAAAGAUGUAAUUCUCGGAGUAGCGGAUAUAAAUCGUUUACAUUUUUUAUUUUCCACUCGCAACACAUACACUGCACCUUCACCCGCCCCACCCCGGAGCAGUCGUUCCAUGAUGGACCACAACGAAAUCUCUAUGAGCAUGGACGUCAAGCUGGAUACACACGAUAAGCGUCCAGUGGCUCUGCGUUACAAAACGUGGACGCGCUGCCAGGUGAAAAUAGAGGCCAUUAAGUGUGUGCCCUGCUUCCUGCGGUUCAGUUUCCAAGCGAUGGAGACUGAGUCAUACUCCCAAGAAUGUCAUCCCGCUAAACCCAUUAGCGUCUCCGUGAACGUUCCGGGCGUCAGCUUGAGCUUGGCCACCUCUCGCACGAAGCAGCACUCAUACGGACUGUUUUGGACGCAGAACCGGCGGGACUGCUUCAUCUAUUUCGCCCUGGAAACGGAUCUUUCCUGUCGGCGCCAUAUGAAAUGGAUUCGAAAGUCGAUCAAGAACCUGGAGCUUUAUCGCCAGGUCUUUCUGGAGCAGCGCCGGCUGAGCAGGGGUCCCGGAGGUCUGGGCCCGCUGCCUAACCUGCCAGAAACCCUCGAUGCUAGCGCUCUCUCGCCGCGAGUCUCGCAGAUUUACGAGGAAAUUUUUGACGACAGCCGCAUUUCCCGCGUCUCAAUUGCCUCCGGCAUCUACGAGGAGAUGAAGCCAUCAGUCAUGGAGACUCCUUCACCGCCUCCGCUACCCGCUCAUCCUUACCGUCAGCGAAUAAACACUUUUGAGUGCGCCCAGCUAGGAGAAAUUGCACGGUCCAGUACCAAUCCCGAAUCGGAGCUGGCCAAGAAGAAGAAGUACAAGAAUAUGCUGGACAACCUGUUCGGAAGUUCACGUCAAAAGCGUUCCGGCAGCAGCAGCGAGGGGGCUAAUGAACCCAGCGAGGAGGCCCUGCCACUGUAUGAGAAUGCCCCAACGCCGGAGCCUGUGCCUCCGGUAAAGCGCACAUCCCAGUUGAGCAAGUCCCAGCGCAAUAGCUUCUCAAGUCCGGACCUGUCCAAACUCAAUCUGCUGGACACCUUUGGCGAAUACUUCGAAGCUCAAAACCAUGAAUCGAGCAUGGAGCUAAACAUUAGUCUGGAUGAGUCGGUCAUUCAACCGAUCUCUCGGAAAGAGAUUGUUGCGCAGAUAACUAGCCAAUUGGGCAAGGCCGAUUCUUUGGAAAGUCUGAAUGUUUCUGAGCAACUUCCUUACAACUUCAACUUUUCCGCCUGCAACACGUCCACCAUCAAUCUCAUCGGAUCGCAUGGAGCUGUUCCGCAGAGUAAUCAGCUCAAAAAGAAUAAGAUACUACAGGACGACCUUACGGGUUACUGUGUAAUGGCACCCAUUUUAAAGGCGACAGUAAAAGAGCUGCGUGGGCAGCCAGGCGGCAGCACGGUGUCCACUUCCUCCGGAUAUUCCACGGGCUCCUACUGCUCCUCCACCAGCAGCUGUAACACGGAAGAUCAGCCCACCAAGACGCAGAACGCCAACGAGAGUGACAUUUACGAAGCCAUGCAUGGCAGCUCCCUGAACAGUACCGUCGGAGCAGCGGCAGCUGGAUUUGCGGAGCAUCUCUACGAGAACCUGUUGGCUGUGAAGGCCGCACAGGAGCUGGAGGCGCAGCCCACCGGUUUUGGACUGAGCACGAGCACACCCACCGAAUCUCCUCUGGCGCCAGCUUUGCCGCAGAAGGGAACUCCCAAGGACAAAACUUUUCAACAGAAACCAGAGGAGGAGAACUACUACCAGACACCAAGAAAGUCGAUUAUAAGUGUGGACGACAAAAUACCCUCCUAUUAUCCGAACAGCUGCGACACCCUCAAGUCAAAGCGACGCAGUCCCACCGAACAUGGACCUAGUUUCAGGCACUUAGUCAGUUCCAAAUUGCGACGCGAACGUAAGGAGAACCUUUACAUUUCCUCGCCCCAGCAGAUCAUUGAACAGCGCCACAAGGCGGCCACCAUCUCAUCAUCAUCAGCUAGGACUAAAAUCUCAACCAAAAAGACUGCCGCCCACAAAAUCUCAGACAGUGUUUAUGCAGUCACCCAUCCGGUAAAGCGUCCGAAUAGCACCAAUAGCAACAAUACCCACCAAAGCAACAAUAACAAUAACAAUGAAGGCGUGGAUGACGAACUGCUGCACCUGACUGUGUUGAAGAACAUUGACUUUAAGUUUGAUGAUGGUCAAGCUUCUGAGGAUUCCUGCCAGACGAAAGCGUCAGCUUUUCCCGUGGCGAACGGGUGCUGUGUACAGCCAAUUCUCGAGAAGGAGUACGAGGAUCGCUUUCAAGCGGCGGAGAAGACGGGUCGUCUUUUGCAGAAGUAUGCGACGCUGGCCAAAAUCGGGCAUUCGCCUAACAAACCCUUGCCCGCACCAGCGCGCCAAGAACCCAUGAUUCAGUCCGUGGCCGCGUCCAACGAGUUGCAGCCCGAGGGAGGCACUAUGAAAAAGUUCGCCUCGCUACCACGCUUCAAGAAAAUUGACUUUUCGCCGCUGAAGAUGAGACUCAACAGUGUCCUGCACAGAAAUCCACCAUCGCCGCAGCAAUAAAAGUUGAUUCUCCGAUUUUCGUACCACUUCCACACUUUGCUUUGAAAACACACUGCUAUUUACCAAUGUCGCUAUUUAUGUUGUAGUUGUUUGUGAAUGUGAUCUGAUUAGUUCGACGAGUUGAUUAUUAUUAUGUUAUCCGAGUAUGUAAUACGCUUUCCCACGAUGCACUUAGUCUUAAGCCUUAUAUAUUCAUCCUGCUUUGUCAAAUGUAUUUUAACGAAUCAUAUCCGGAUCCACUUGGAGGGGUCCCCUAGUAUUACUGUUGUGAACCAACGAUGAAUGUCUAAGAUUUAUACAUAUGAAUAUGCUCAAUUAUGAAAAUUUACAAAAACGCUUUUAUACGUAUUAAGCUAAACCCAUAUUGUUGACUCAUUUAGGCGCCUUGUUGUUAAAGAAAAACUAAAUUUAGCUAAACAAUUUUCAAUUCUACAAAUGAUCGUCUACCAAGAUAGGCUUACGCCGCAACAAAUAUUUUGUGACGGCGUAGCCCAAUCUACGCUUUUUGGCUUUGCACCACAUAUCAGAAAUUAGUUAAACUUACAAUAAAAUGCUUCAAGGUAGCAUAACCGAUGCUGAACUGUACCGUGACUAAACCAUAAGCUUACAAAUAAAAUAUGCCACAAAAACGAAGUAAACUUUACAAGCAA